UCCGUGCCGUUCAGCUCUGUGUGAUUUUUUGCGGUGCGCUUUUUCGCCGCGACUCGCGCAAAAACAAGCAAAUUUUGCUUGCUGGACUGUUUUUGAGCUUUAUUUAUUUACGUUUCCUGCAUAUUUAGUUAGUACACCGUCCGGCGGACGCUGUCCUCUCCCACCGAACUGGCUAUGAUACCGAGAAAUAAAAUAUUCGUAGGCAGCUUACCGCCGUCCACCAAACCGGAGGAAAUACGGCGUCUAUUUGAAAACUACGGGGUUGUGACGGAAUGUGAUGUGAUGAACCGGUGUGCUUUUGUACACAUGCAGAGUCCGGAUAUGGUGGAGAACGCAAUACAAGCAUUACACAAUUCCACAUUUAAAGGAGUCACAAUUAACGUCGAACAUGGUCGUAGCAAGGAGCGAACCGGUGGAUCCUCUAGCCGCGGUGGUGGCGGCAAUCGUGGUGCUCCCAGAGGCGGUGGAAGUGGUGGAGGAGGAGGAGGCGGAGGCGGAGGAUUCCGGCAACAGGAUCGGUCAAAUUUCAAUGAUAAUCAGUCAGGAGGCCCAAUGAGGAAUAAUCAGAGUCGAGGAAAUUUCCGAAAUCAACCGUACGGAGGUGGUGGCCGCGGUGGUGGCUUUGAUGGACAAAACCAAGGCGGCGGCGGUGGUGGCGGUGGAGGAUAUCGUGGAAAUUUCAACCGUGGAGGUCGUGGUGGUUCCAACGAUCGUGGCAGCGGCGGACGGGGAGGCGGCUACAACGGCGGCGGCAAUCGAUUCUCUGGUGGACAACAAUUUAAUAGCGAAGAUAGACGGGGUUUCGCUCUUCCUAACGAGGGUGGCGGACGUUUUGCUGCUGGAGGUGCAGCCGGUGGAGUUGGUGCCGGAAGAAUUCCUCAGCACAGCGGAUUAGCCAUCAGCGCUCAGAAUGACCCGUUCACGCGUAGGACCGUGGAUGGCGCUGCACCUAGCGGAUACGGAAGCCGUGGAGGAUUCAAUCAGGGAAGCGCACACGGUACUUACCAAUCCUCCAAUUACAAUCAAGCUUUUCCGCCGCUAGGAAGCGAUCCACCUCGUGCGGCGAACCGUGGCCAGCAACAACCUUGGAUGCAAUAAUUGACAAAUCGGGAAGUCGCUUUCGGAAUGCGAUAAUGCGUGUUCCUUGUGCGAUUUGCAGCUUUUCUCGCGAAAAUUCUGUAUAGACAAAUCUCUUAUCUACAAUGCAGUCCUGUUGUGUUUGGAAUAGUCCAGUAUGUAGCGCCAUUCCGCGCUAUUUGUAUUAUUUGCAGGAGGAUAUUGCGCUAAAUCGCUUUUGUUUUUUCUCACUACCGUUGAUCAAUAGAAUGUCGCUGACAGAACCAACAAAUAGUUUUUAAUUCUGUUCGACCGGAAUUAAAGUAACCAUUAAUAUUAAAGGUUGUUCUUUUAACGCUCGUAUUUUUUUCUUUAUACAUCUUAUUAAUAAAUUCAUUCAUAGAUUUAAAUGUAAGCAAUUCCAAUCGAACGGAAUCCAGGGAUCAUUUCGGUCCUCUGCUUGGUUUGACUAUUUCUUAUGUUUGUGUUUCUCAACAACAGUAAGAAAGGAACUAUCUACGUACAUGUGUAAGAAUAUCAGAUUUAUCGAUCCAAAUAUAAUACAGUACAGUGACUC